AUGACUCUUGGUCUCUCUGCCCCUAUCAGAGAGGUCAGGUUUCUUCAGUUUGGAAUCCUUGCCCCGGAUGAAAUAAAGCAAAUGUCGGUUACGCCCGAUGGUGGCAUAAAGUACCCAGAAACGAUGGAAGGUGGAAAGCCUAAACUUGGUGGUCUCAUGGAUCCUAGACAAGGUUGUGUUGAUCGAUCUGCAAUUUGUCAGACGUGUAGUGGAAAUAUGUCUUCUUGUCCCGGCCACUUUGGUCACAUUGAACUUGCAAAGCCAGUUUUCCACAUUGGGUUUUUGAAAAAAACCCUAAAAAUGCUUCGCUGUGUUUGUUUUUACUGUUCUAAAAUUCUUGUGGAUGUAGAAUCACCAAGGAUUCGCGAAAUUCUAAGGAAGACCAAGGGUGAUGCGAGGCGGAGGAUUGCCUUCAUGUAUGAGGAGUGCAAAUCUCGCCAGGAGUGCUUUACUAGCGAAGAUAUCGAGAAAAAAGAAGAUGAGGUUGUCGAAAAAAAGCCAAUAAGAACUGGUUGUGGCAGAUAUCAACCAAAGUACCGCCGAACAGUUUUAGAAUUAACAGCCGAAUGGAAAAAAGUUAAUGAAGAAUCUCAGGAAAGGAAAAUUAGCCUCACGGCUGAACGUGUCCUUGAAGUUUUUAAACGCAUCUCAGAUGAAGAUUGUUUAUCCCUUGGAUUUGAUCCACAUUAUGCUCGGCCUGAUUGGAUGAUCGUCACUGUUCUUCCCGUUCCUCCUUUAUCCGUCCGUCCCGCCAUUGUCAUGCAUGGCUCUGCUCGAAACCAAGAUGAUCUUACUCACAAACUUUCUGAUAUACUAAAAGCAAAUAAUCAACUCCGUAGAGAUGAAGAGACUGGAGCCGCUCCACAUGUGAUUGCCGACGAUGUACGAAUGCUUCAAUUUCACGUUACUACAUUGGUGGACAAUGAUGUACCUGGGCUACCAAAGGCCAAUCAGAAGUCCGGACGCCCUCUUAAAUCAAUUAAACAGCGUUUGAAGGGCAAGGCGGGUCGGAUAAGAGGAAACCUUAUGGGAAAACGCGUAGAUUUCUCGGCGCGUACUGUAAUUACUGCCGAUCCCAACCUUAAUUUGGACCAGGUCGGUGUUCCAAGAACUAUUGCUCAGAAUCUUUCCUAUCCAGAGCUUGUAACUCAAUUCAAUAUGGAUUUCUUGCAGAAGCUUGUACAAAAUGGAACAAUGUAUCCUGGUGCAAAAUAUAUCAUAAGAGAAAAUGGUGAACGAAUAGACUUAAGAUACCAUCCCAAGGUUGCAGAUCUUACUCUGCAAGUUGGAUAUACAGUAGAAAGGCAUAUGCUUAAUGAUGACUUUAUAAUAUUCAACCGUCAACCCACGCUCCAUAAAAUGUCCAUGAUGUGCCACCGAGUUAAGGUUUUGCCUUGGUCUACCUUUAGGCUUAAUCUCUCAGUAACUUCUCCUUAUAAUGCUGAUUUUGACGGUGAUGAAAUGAAUCUUCAUCUUCCGCAGUCUGUUGAAACAAAGGCAGAAAUAUCUCAACUUGCAAGGGUUACGCGUCUCUGCAUAACUCCGCAAGCAAACAAGCCCGUAAUGGGU